AUGGAUUUCAGCGCAGCUCAAUUCGGAGUCUCUUCCUCUUCAUCUUCUUCUUCCACCCAUUCGUUCACACACGAUGUCUUUCUGAGCUUCAGAGGUGCGGAUACGCGCAACAAUUUCACUGGCUAUUUGUACCGCAAUUUGGUUCAGGAGGGAAUUAACACCUUCAUUGAUAAUGACCUUACAAGAGGAGAAGAUAUAAAAAAGGAGCUUCUCGAAGUAGUUGAGAGAUCAAGGAUUUCCAUCGUUGUAUUUUCUGCCAACUAUGCAUCUUCAAAGUGGUGCUUGGAUGAACUUGUCAAGAUAAUUCAAUGUAAAGAAUCCAAGCAACAAAUAGUUUACCCAAUUUUCUACAAGAUAAAUGCGUCGGAGAUACGAUACCAAAAUGCCCAGGUUGGUGAUGCAAUUGCUCGCCUUAGCAAACACAAGGAUAACUUAGAGAAGGUGGAGAGUUGGAAGGCAGCUCUUACACAAGCAGCAACUUUGUACGGGUGGCCCAUCUCGGAUGAAGGGCAUGAAGCGAAUGUCAUUGAUGAAAUUGUUAAAGAGAUAUCAACCAAACUAAUGAAAUGCACCCCUUUAGAUGUGGCUACAUAUCCUGUUGGAAUAGAAUCUCGUGAAGAAGAUAUACUUAAGCUCUUAAAUGUAGGGCAAGACGAUCCUCACAUGGUAGGGAUAUGGGGAAUUGGGGGAAUAGGAAAGACAACACUUGCAAAAGCUGUUUUUAAUUCAAUUAGCCAUAAGUUUGAACAUAGUUGUUUCCUCGGAAAUGUAAGAGAAGAAUCAUUUUCAUAUGGAGGUCUUGUCAAGCUACAAAACAAUUUUCUUUCUAAGAUUAUAGAGAGGAAUCCACCUAAUGUAACCAAUGUUGCUGAAGGAAUCAGUGCGCUUAAGCAAAAACUAAGCCAGAAAAGGGUUCUCUUGGUUCUUGAUGAUGUGGAUCACUUGGAUCAGUUAAGAAAACUUGCUGGAGGGUGUGAUUGGUUUGGUCCAAGAAGUAGGAUUAUCAUAACAACAAGAGAUAUGAAUUGCCUAAGGGCUCAUAAAGUUAAUCCAAUAUAUGAGGUGAAGGAAUUGAAUCAUCAAGAAGCUUCAGAGCUCUUUAAUUUCAACGCCUUCAAAGGAAAAAAAUGUAUGGAUGAUUUCAUUGAACUUGCAACUGAUGUAAUACGUUAUGCUAAAGGGGUUCCGUUAGUUUUGGAAGUUUUGGGGUCAGAUCUAUGUGGUAAAACCAAGGAUGAGUGGAAAGAUGCAUUAGAGUAUCAUAACAGAUAUCCUAACCCAGAUAUUCAACAAGCUCUCAAGAGAAGUUACGAGGCACUGGAGGAUUGGAUAAAAGAAGUUUUUCUUCAUAUUGCAUGUUUCUUUAAAGGCGAUAAAGAAAGCUAUGUGAUUGAUGCACUACAAGGCUGUGACUUAAAUCCCAGGUAUGCUCUCAAAGUCCUCAUAGAAAAGGCCUUAAUAAAAAUUGAGAAAGACUAUGACAAUGACAAUGAGAUUUGGAUGCAUGACCUUCUACAAGACAUGGGAAAAGAAAUUGUUAGGCAGGAGUCCCCUAAUAAGCCAGGACAACGCAGUAGAUUGUGGUUAUAUGAUGAUAUUCGCGAAGUUCUUGAAGAAAACAAAGGAACGGAUAAUAUAAAAGGCAUCAUGUUGAGAAGAGGUUACUAUUCACAAAAGAUAUGGUUGAACAGCGGAAGCUUCACAAACUUGGAAAGUCUUCACAUUUUUAAAGUCGAUUAUGCGAUGCUUUGUGGAGAGGGCGUGGAUUAUCUUCCCAACCAGUUGAGGGUCCUUAACUGGUUUGAAUGUUCAUUACGAUCAUUGCCAACGAGUUUUAAUCCGAGGAAACUCAGUAUACUGCACAUGGGUGGGCCCGGCACGACCCAACUAGCCGAGGGAUUGAAGAAUAUGCGAUAUUUGAAAUCUAUCAAAUUGUCGUUCUGUGAUGGUCUGACAAGAAUUCCCAACUUGUCUGGAUUAAAAAGCUUGGAGUAUUUGAAACUGUCUUAUUGUAAAGAUUUAGUUGAAGUUGAUCCUUCGGUUGGCCGUCUCGAUAAGCUCGCCUAUUUGAAACUUAGUGCUUGUGGAAAGCUCCAGAUGUUUCUAAAGAGGAUCAACUUGAAAUCUUUGGAAACUCUGAGUCUCUCUGAUUGCCCGCUUAAGUUCUUCCCAGAAAUUGAGGAAGACAUGAAGUCUUUGAAGCACCUGGAUCUAAGGAGGACUGACAUCAAAGAGUUACCUUGCUCAGUUGGAAAUCUCACUGGCCUUAAAUCCUUGUCUCUACUUUGCUGUGAUAAUCUUACAAAUGUACCAUCAAGCAUUUUCUAUGAAUUGCAACAUCUGGAGGAUCUUAAUCUAACAAGCUGCUCUAACCUUGUUACAUUUCCAACAAAGUCAGAAUCACUUCCUCCACCGGUCUUUUCAACUAUCCUGACGAGAUUACAAGUUCGUCUGGACUAUUGCAGGCGGCUUGAAGAAAUUUCAGAAUUUCCACGAGAAAUAGAUUUCUUAUCUUUGGAAGGUUGUCGUUCAUUGGAAAGAAUUUCAAAGUUGUCAAGAAUUUUGGAGGGUAAAGAUUCAAAAAUGUUCGAUUGGUUGGACUUGACUGACUGCUAG